UUUUUUGGCGGCACGACUCUUUACCCGCAAACCAGAAAAAAAAAAAAAAAAAAUUCAAGACCUUGCAUUCUUUUCUUUUCUUUUCCUUUCUCUUCUUUCCUUAUCUAAAAAUAUACAUAAACAAUGAGUUGGAAGGGUUUACAAAAAGCCGUAUCAAGAUUACCAUAUCAAUUAUUAUCUAAAAAGAAUGAAGAUUAGGAACAAAGGAUGCCGAAUAUAUGCAAUUAGAAAAGACAUUUCACGACUUUUCAAAGCUAGUAGAUGUUUUUGCUCAAGACGCAAGAAUAUUUCGUGAUAAUAUAUCUGCCAUGUUAUCGAACCAAGCAGCCAUGUCACAAUAUCUCAAUACAAUUUACGACGCCAGUAUUGGAGCAGAAGCAGCAGCAGGCACAAUUCAAAAGCGAUUCCAACAAACACCUGCUUCACAACUUCAAGCCGUCAAUGAUGCUGAAGUAGCAAUGGCUUAUUGUCGGGACGAAGUAUUACCGGAAUUGGAUGUUGUGGAUCGUGAUAUUGUACGACCUUUAUUAGAAUUAUCCGAAAUCCAGAAACAAAUCGCCAAAACCAUGCUGAAGCGAAACCACAAAUUGAUUGAUUAUGAUAGACAUCGUAUUGCUUUACAGAAACUCACAACAAAGGCCGAAAGAAGUUUUAGUGAAGAAAAGCAGAUUUUCAAGCUGCAACAACAAUUAGAUACAGCAACACAAGAUUACAAUUAUUUAAAUGACAUGUUAAAGAGAGAAUUACCCGUGUUCUUUCAACUCAAGUCCAGUUUUAUUCAGCCAGUGUUCGAGCACCUUUAUAAUAUGCAGUCACGUAUAUAUGGUACAAUGUACGCACGUUGUUUAGAGCUGUUAAAUCAAAAUAUGGAAGCGUUUGUGACGAACACAAUGGGUAUCGAAGAAGGAUUCAACUACCGAAGGGGACAGCGGGAUGUACGCUCUGAGUUUGAAAAUAUGGAUCUUUUAAAGUCGGGAGGUAAAGCAUGGUUAGCUGUCUCGGGAGGAGCGAAUAGUUCAAAAUUGACACUACAAGAGAGAGCAGCGCUGAAACAACAAGAAAGACUUGCGAUUGGAGCUCCACCCACGUCACCAUUACCUACGGCCCAACAAGCGAUUGAAUAUGGACAGUCUCCAUCGACGUAUGCUUCACCACCGCCUCCUGCGUACGCUCCGGUGUUUCAUGUUGCACCAACACAACCUCAAUUUGUUGUUGCAUUAUAUGACUAUGUUGCUCAAGCGGAAGGUGAUCUUAGUUUUAAAAAGGAUGAUAAAAUCCAAAUUAUUGAAAAAACCGCUGAUACCAAUGAUUGGUGGACUGGCAAACUUAAUGGCCAAACGGGUGUAUUCCCUGGCAACUAUGUACAAGAAUUAUAAUAAAAAAAAUGUUGGAGGCG